UGCCGGUGGAAGGGAAGGGCAGUCAACGAGGCAACAGACAGGUUUUUUCCUGCAAGUUUGAGAACGUUGGAAAUUCUAUUCUCUUAUUUUUGCUAUUUGGUAUUGGUUGAUCUUGAUAGUUGGAAUUGGAAAUGUUGCGAGUUUCUUUGUGAGCUCCGAGCUCAUUCUUAUUAUUCAUGUGUAUCACUCAUUCUUAAUUCUGUGUUAUUCUUAUUGUAGAGUUUUUAGUUAUUAUUUUUAUAAUUUAGGUAUGUGAUUUCAAGAUUAUGUCUGCAAAUAACAUGGAUCUCAUAUUUAUAUCCUAACAAUUCAAAUUCCUUGCCGGGGAAUAUUAUUAUUAUUUAUCUUGUACAUAAGUAUGGCAAGCACUGCUACAUCUAUCCUUGGUAAAAGGCAACAUGAUGGGACUCAUGAUAUAGUUGAAACUAACUGAAGAAGAGCAAAAAGAAGCAAAAAUUACGAUUGUUAGAAGAAGGGCAUCCUACACUUGUCAUCAUGUCGUCCAGUGACUACGGUACAAUAAUGUACAACCUUGAGAUUGCGGUACAAUGUAUAUUGGCCUCAGAACAAGCUGAUUUCGCUCUCUUGAUCAUAGGAAAUUCGGCUAAAGAUACUCCAGAUACAUUAUCAUCGUCGUCAUUUGAUUUUGAUGGCGAAGGAGAAAACAGUGCUAGCGACAAUUCACAAAGUGCAGAGGAUGUGGAAUAUGAACCAAGAAGUUUGUCAGACAGUGAAAUUCGUCAUCCUUUCACAAUCAACGAAUCAUUCUCUUCUUCAUCAAACGAUGAAGACAUCAUGAUAAAAAAGGGCAAAAUAAUAAACGCCGUCACAGAGAAUACUAGUUGCACAUCUACGUCUUCAACUGACGACUUACCGGAGAGAUUUGAUCCGGAAUUGUCAUUAACCGACUACUGGUUCUGCGUCAAAUGUAGAACACCAAAUAAUAAUCCGUUGUUCAGGUUUUGCGAAAAAUGCUUUGGGGAUCGCAAAAACUUUUUCCCACCACGGCCAAAGCCUAGAACAAAGAAGAGGAAACAGCGGACAAGGCGGAAAGCAAAACGAUCGAAGCCAAACGAGAGUGGAAGCAGCAGCAAUUCUAGUCAGCCAAACUCUUCCCUGCUGCUCAACUCAACCGACCAACUAACCAGCAGUCAAAGCACGCUGAAAGGAUCAUUGACAUCUAACAGUAGUGAAGUUGAAAACAGCUCCGUUGAUGCAAGUUUGGUGAGAACUGUGGUCAGCUCGAAAUCGAUAAGUUGCCAGACUGAAUCUAACGAACAAUGGCCAUUGCGUGGAGAAACGUGCGAAACGUGUAUGGCACGGCCGAAGGACGGUGUCUUCAUUCACACGAAUAUCGUGCAUCGUUACUCUUGUUAUAAAUGCUCGAUGAAAAUUUGGAAAGAAAUUGGUAGGUGUCCACUGUGCAACAAUAAGGUGUGUAAUGUAAAGAAAAUUGCUGGCUGAGCAGCAAUCAAUAUUUAUUCAAACAAAUCAAAUUAGUUUAAGAUUGAAGAAACAUUCGGCUCCUUGCCAACCCGUAGUUGUUUUGUUUUUUAUUGUAGUUAGCCUUACAAACAAUGGGUGCUCUCACUGUUUUAUAUAAAACAACCAUAUUUAUCAACAAACAAAUCAAAUUUAUUUUCAAAUGAAAAUAUUUAUGGAGUUUGUGAAAACUCUAAGCCUGGUGUUUUUCCGUAGGUAGCCUUACAAACUUUAGGUAUACCCAUACAAUACUCAACCAUUUUCAAUCUGUGAACUCAGCAUUUUUUAUUUAUUCUUAUUCCCAAUAAAAGUACAUUUUCCGCACGUAAUGGGUGUCUACAAUUUCCAAACGAUUUCGCUACUUUGUCGAUGUAAACUUUAUCUUACAUAGCAUAUGUAUUUCCACCUUUUAGCUUAUUUUCUCAACUGCCCUAUGUCCUCAAUCAUUUCUAUGAAUCAAGUGAUGUGUUGAUACUCAGUUAACCAAAGAUCGAGUAUUAUGUUCUAUACACAUUGCUAAAGAGCCUUGUACAUUUACUGAACCAAUUUAAAUUACAUCUUCAGUUCAAUAGUAGUCGUACUCCGAACGGAAUAAAAAUAAUUGAAUUAGUACCCAAUAGUAUGUUUAUUUUAAUUGCAACAAUUAAUUGUUACACAUAAAUGUAAUUAAUAUAUUUUCACUCAAAAUAAUAUCAAUCAAUUUAAUAUAUUUUUCACUCACAUCAAGUUGAGUGAGAUAGUCCCACACUAUUCUAUCUCUAGAUAUUUUGUUUUAUAUGUUCAGUUUAGUGUUAUCGUAUUUAUAGUUUUGAAGUAUGAAUUAAAUUUUCAAGAAAUCUGUUCAAGAUUAAAAUUACUUCAAUGUAUUUAGUUUUAGUAUAUUGGAAAAUAUAGCAAUUAAAGUAUUUUCUUAAUAAAUAACCUUUGGCUAACCGGCAUUAGAAAAAAUUGAUUUCCAUCAUAAUAUUAAUUUAAUGAUGUAGUGAGUAAGGUAUUAUUUCAUUUAAAUGCAUUUAGCAGAGAUUCAAGUAUGAAUAUGUACUAGAUCCAUUUCUGAGAUACACAUCUCAAGUUACUGUAAAAAUAUAACAAAUUACAGUGUAUAGAGAAUUGAGCAAUAAUUUUAUUUGUAAGCAAUAAACAGAGUGAGACGUGAAAAAAGUCGUAUCUUGAUUACAUUUUCUGUAGCCUAAUUGAUAAAAUGGAACUCCAGCAAAUAGAAUGGAACUGCCUAAUAGAAGAGUAUUAUUAUUUUUGUUUAGAAUGGUGACAGAAGUGCAGAACUAUUUAUUUGCAUAAUCAUAAUUAGUUUGUAUUUCAUAAUUGAGUAAUUUGUGAUUUAGUACUACAGUAAAAUAAUUAAAAUUACCAAAUAUACUUUUGUAGCCUAUCUGUGUUGAGAUAAUAUU